GCCCUUCCGUUGCUCAGCCAGCUGCCGUCGGGGACCGGGUCCCGGCUCGCCGUGCCUGAGGCGUCUCGGAGUCCUGGGAACAGCCCUGGGCCGCUCCCUGCCGGGGGAAGCGGCUGCUCUUUCGGCAGCGGGCCCAGCCUGCCUUGGGCGCUGUCCUCGAGCGAGUGAGGAAGCCCUGGAGGCCGUGGCUCGGUGUCAAGGGGGAAGCCUGGGUCACGGCGGCAGCUGCUCCACGCACGGGCUACAGAGGACAGCGCUGGCAGCCCACUGCGUUGCCCCAAAGAGGGCAGCUCUCUGGGAGGUCGGCGAUGACAUUCCAGAGCGACAUCCCAGGCGAUGGAGGACAUCACUGCCCGCUGAUUGUGAUGUCACUGUGGCAGAGGGUCAGCCGCCCCUCAGAGCGGCCCUGGGCUCACUGUGCCGCCUGGAGCGGUGGGCGUCUCGUCCUCGUCCCUCGCAGCGGGGCACGGUCGUCUUGUUCUGAGGUACCCCGGUACCACAGGGCGCUGACAAUGGCUUCUGCUUGGGAGAGGAAGUACUACUACUCCGAUCUGGGGAAGAAAGUGGUGCUUCUCCCCAGCCUCCUUCUCCGUGAGGAGUUCAAAGACAUUGGUUACCCCAUGAUUUUUGAGGGAGUGCUGCUCCUGGCCGAUGUCUCAGGUUUCACUGCCUUGGCAGAGAAGUGCAUCCAGCAGAGCGGCCCAGAGAGAGGAGCUGAGGAGAUGGUGCAAACCCUCAACGCCUACAUGGGUGACAUUCUGGAACAGGUGCUGGCUUUUGGAGGAGACAUCCUGAAGUUUGCAGGGGAUGCCAUGCUGGUGCUGUGGAGAGCAGCAGGGCCUCAGCUGCCUACGGCCAUCAACCUGGCGCUGCAGUGCUGCAGGAAGGUCCAGAAGAAGUACGGCACUUAUGACACGCACAGUGGUCUCAAGCUCCACCUGAAGAUAGGGAUCUCCGCCGGGAUGCUCUCCUUCAUGUCCGUCAGAGGCGGGGAUCGUCAGUUCUUCUUCGUCUGCAGCGGAGCCCUGGACGAAGUUGUCAAGGCCCAAAAGCUUUCGGCUGCCCAUGAGGUAGUGCUGUCACAGACCUGCUGGGAGCUGUGUGAUCAGAAGCGAAUCAGGGCCAAGCCUCUUGCUGGCAAAGGGGCCGUGAAGGUUGUGGGAAUGAGGCGCUUAGCUCGCCGAGAAUGGAAAGAUGCUGUAGUCCAGCUGAGCAGUGCCAGAGGGGAGAGGCAUUUGAAAGGGACGGGCCUCCGAAGGCCGACUCUUAGGAUGUGCGAUGAUUCUGAACUGGCAGCGAGGCUGGAGAAGUACUUAUCGACAGCUGUUCUCCGGAAGCUUCGUGAGGACGUGCCGCUGGAGCUGUGCUCUGAGCUACGGCCCGUCACCAGCCUCUUUGUCCAGCUGAAGUUUGCUGACAGGAUCAACGCAAUCGAGCUCAGCAGCAGCCUCGGUGACUGCAGCAACACGAUUUCAGGCAUCAUCAGCCCUCACAAGGGUGAAAUCAACAAAACUCUUCUGUUUGACAAAGGCUGCACCUUCCUCUGCGUGUUUGGAUUUCCUGGAGAAAAGCUGGCCCACGAGAUCACCCACGCCUUGGAAUGCGCUAUGCAGAUCUUCCACAUGACCUCCAUGGGCCUGAGAAAACUCCAGCUAGUGUCUGUUGGGGUCAGCAGCGGGGCAGCGUUCUGCGGCUUCACUGGCCAUCCCGAGAGGUUUGAACACACAGGUAGGGCUCCUUUGUCUUAGGAGUGUGAGGCUGGCAUG